ACUGAAUUUGAGGUAUUCGUUUUCUGUAAGCCAUAAUUAUUAACAUUUACAUUAACAAAUAUUAAGGCUUGAAAUGUUGCACUCUAUGUGGAAUGAAUGCAUACAAUAUGUGAGGUUUGAUUUAUUGAAAAGGUAGUGAACUUUUUGAUGAUAUUCUUCCUUCUAAAUGCGUCUGUGUGGUUAAAUUUGACAUUUUUAGUCACCACACACAUGCAGCAAAAUUGCCAUAGCUUAACAGAGAUUCAACAUUUUGAAACGUUUGCUAAGCUGUAUUUCAGCUCCCAAGUAGUAUGACUCAUGAGAGAAAGGUAAUCACAGGCAAUAAUGUGGACCGCUGCAGGGCAAGCCCCGUUGUGGAGGAAUACCCUUGAGAAAGUCCACGCCGUCUGCAAAUGACUGCUCAUAUAAUUCUAGGGAUCGCCCUGGCUCCGCAGCCACUCACGUGUGUCGUUGCAUACAGCCCUGAAAGCAUUAUCCAAUCACCGUCUGUUUUACAAACACUGCCUUCACGCUAUUGGCUAACCGUAAACAAGGGCGUUUUUUGGGGUGCUCGCUCCAACAGCACCAUCUCUGGCAGGUGUUGUGCGCUUUAAAACCACACAGUAGGGUAAUUUUUAGGACGAUAGGCAGGUAGUUGUAGAGAAUUAAGCUCUCUGUAGGUUCUUUUUUGUUCUUUUUUUGUUUUACGCGUUUAUGUUUGUGCCACUGAAGUCGCUGCGGACCCCAGCGGAGCGGCGGUGAAUGAGAGGAACGUCGGGGUUCCCCUCUCUCCUCUCUCUGAGCCAGACACUUUGUGUUUUACAACCAGCGGUGAAUUAGACAACAGCUCCUUCAACAUGCAGCCUCAGAAAAAAGACGGAAAAGCCCCUACAUGUUGAAUAUAUCUCACCACCGGCCGAGUCCUGAAUGAGAGAGGAGUCCUUCACGACCGCGGCCGCCGUCAGGAUCCCCCCCAUUCCCGGAGCUGCCUCUGUUCUCCUUCGCCCGCCGGUGUUGGCACCAGAAAAUGAUAUGUUGAUGAUAUUUUCUGGAAGCGGUCGUGCCUUUUGUUUUCAUCUCGGGGUUUGCGAUAUGCGGAUCCGCGGGGACGCCACGGAGCCCGGACGAGCGGACGUUUUUGCUCUGCUUUGAAAAAAUGAGGAAGCGAUUUCAUAAAGACCCAGAAAAUGGCAAGAAGGUCUCGUCGUCCGUGGGCCCGGAUUUGAGCAAAAUGAGAAAGAAAGGGGCGAACGCAACAGCGACGGCAUGAAUAGUUUCCCACAGAAUGACACCGAGGGAUGUAAAACGGCGGAGGUAGACGAGACGCAGCAUCGAUGAAGGCGAUCUGGACAAGUUUUGAGUCGCUCAUAAUGAACAGAAACACUUCACAGCUUCGUGUCAGAUCGUUUUCACCAUACUGAAAGCUAUUUCCUUUCGCCUUUUUUGGAAAUUUUUCCAAUUCAUCAGUCAUAUCUCUCUCUCUCUCCUUUUUUUUUUUAAACAUUGCAUGUUUUAUUUUUUUUUUCUUUUAUAUUUUUGAUCCGGAACCAGCCCUGACUGUUCAAUGGAAGUAUGUUAUCAGUUGCCGGUUUUGCCUCUAGACAGGCCGGUUCCCAAGCAUGUCCUCAGCCGGAGGGGGGCCAUUAGUUUCAGCUCCAGCUCUUCCCUUUUCGGGGCUCCUGAUCCAAGACAGCUGUCACAGAGACGAGGGGCCAUCUCCUAUGACAGCUCUGAUCAGACGGCGCUGUACAUUCGUAUGCUAGGAGCUUGUGUAGUGUUCAAACAGCUGUUUGCAAGAGAUGUGAGAGUACGAAGUCAGGUUGGAUUUGAACCGGAACGCCGAAGCUCCCACCCCUACCUUUGCAUAGACUUCCGAACUCUUCACACGCGGCUGAGCUGCGGAUCCUCGCCGGCUGACUCUGGUACUGAAAAGAGGGUCCACAGGCUGCUCAGCUUCCAGCGAUAUCUGCACUCGUCCCGCCUGCUGCGGGGAAUCCCCCAGCAGAUCCCCCUCCACAUCCUCGACGAAGACUACAGCGGACAGGCUAGAUGCAUGUUGGAAAAAGUUGGCAACUGGAAUUUUGACAUUUUCCUCUUUGACAAGCUGACAAAUGGAAACAGCCUGAUCACCCUGACUCUCCACCUGCUCAACCAGUAUGGCCUGGUGGACCUCUUCCAGCUGGACAUGGUCAAGCUUUGGAGGUUCCUGGUCCUGGUGCAGGAAGACUACCACAACGACAACCCAUAUCACAACUCCGUUCAUGCUGCAGACGUGACACAGGCCAUGUACUGCUACCUGCAGGAGCCCAUGCUGUCAAAGUCUCUAACGUCGUACGACAUCCUGCUGGGACUUCUUGCGGCUGCCACACACGACCUGGACCAUCCUGGGGUCAACCAGCCCUUCCUCAUUAAGACUGACCACUAUUUAGCCACACUCUAUAGAAAUACCUCGGUUCUGGAAAACCACCACUGGAAGUCGGCAGUGGGUCUCCUCAGAGAGACCGGACUGUUCUCUCACCUGCCGCCUGAGGACAGCAUGAACAUGGAGAGGGAACUGGGCUCUUUAAUCCUGGCUACGGACAUCAGCAGACAGAACGACUACCUGUCCAGGUUUCGCACCCACCUGGACCAGGAGAGCCUGUGCUUGACCAACGCCAGUCAUCGUCACUUUGUCCUGCAGAUGGCUCUGAAGUGUGCAGACAUCUGUAACCCCUGCAGACCCUGGGAGCUGAGCAAGCAGUGGAGCGAGAAAGUGACGGAGGAGUUCUUCGAACAGGGAGACAUCGAGAAGAAACACAAACUUCAGGUCAGCCCGCUCUGCGACAGAGAGACGAACACCGUCGGCAACAUCCAGAUAGGCUUCAUGACGUACGUGGCAGAGCCGCUGUUCGGAGAGUGGGCCCGGUUCUCGGACACGCGCCUGUCUCAGACCAUGCUGGGUCACAUGGGGCUGAACAAGGCCAGCUGGGGCGGCCUGCAGCCGGAGCAAACCGCCGUCUCCGAGGAGACGGAGCCGAGCGCGGCCGGCGCCGACGCAGGAGGAAGCCGCUCCAAAGAAAUACCUCAGGGAAGCAGAGAAUCCUGACACUCCUUGUUCGCCCUUUCACUUCAACCUCCUGACCCCUGACCCCAGGGGCCUCAUCCACACACUGAGGGCAAGUGGAGCUCCCACCGCCGGCCCGGCCUAAUUUGAACACCUUGUUGAUAUGUUGUUGCUUUGGCCUCCCAUCACAAUAAACCACUGAUUUUUCUUUUUUUUUUUUUUAUUUAAUUUAUUUAAUGAAAAAAAAAUUUUUUUUGGCAUAGAGCAAUACAUAGAUACCUCAUUUGGCAACUGCUGUAUUUUCUCUUAUUUGCUUUAUUUUAUUUAUUUGAGGACUGUAUUUUUGAGGCAUUAACGACUAAAUAUGCCACUUUUUUUGUUGUUGUGGAACGUUAAGGUGAAAGCAGUAUAAACUGAAAACUUAAUUUCUUUUUUUUUUUUUUUUUUGAAGUGCCAUUUGAAAACAAAAAUAAAAUUUAAAAAAAACAUUUGACGGACAACUGGAGUAUUCGGAGACCCUCCUGAGACUUUUUCAGUUUGCCGUGUUGCAUUUGUACUGAAGAUUCUUCCUUAUGUACAAAAAAAAGAGAGAAAA